UACUGUCGGUAAGUUUUAGAAAUGUCGUCACCCGAAAAAAAGUUUGAUCUCCAAUACCUUCAUGUUCAAUUGUCUGCUGUUUAUGAAAAGACCCAUAAACUUGACAUGGAUUCCUACAUAAAAGCUUACAAUGAGUUUAACAAGUUCUUCGGGUUAAUGGGCACAGUAUUUGGUUUUGUAUCUUCAGAUGUAACCAGCAAACUUGAAAUAUUGCAGACUUUUAGACAAGGUAGCAAUGGUCAUCAUUUUCAAACCAUUGAGGAUAUGAUCAUUCAUGAGGAGAAUGAAAACAAGUUUAGUGAUUCCAAAUACAUAUCUGCAAGUCGUACUUUGCUACGUCUCCAUAGAGCCUUAUUGUUUAUUGCCUUAUUCCUUGAAGAACUGUUUCAACUGAAAUCAGAAGACAAGCUUUCAAGUGCCUGCCAGAAAACAUAUAGUUCCACAUUGGGGCAAUAUCAUCCUUGGAUUAUACAAAAAGCUGCAAUCAUGGCAAUGUAUGCUUUGCCCACCAAACAGGGACUCUUGCAUCGGAUUAAAUCCCCUGAUGAAACUGAAGAACACUAUAAUGAACUACUUCCUAAAGCUGUGGAUGCAAUGAAAGAAGUUUAUAACAGAACCCAAAAGUUGUAUCAAGAACACAACAUACUAGAACUGCCUUGAAAAAUGUUUC